AUGUGCAUAAUGGCGCAAGCCAUGGUGCGUAUCCCCCUCGCAAAUGGGAGCGAUAGACCAGAAAAGUGCCGUACCGUGCUCCUGAUGCUGGUGCUGGUGUCAUGGUGCUCGUGGGUGCUUGGAUUUCCCCCACUUGCUGGAGGGGUCCAUGAAAAAUGUCAUCUCAUGCAGGGCACGCCGUUGUUUCCGUCCCACAAGGCGAUAUUGUUUUGGACGACUGAUGUUGACUUUUUUUCCAGAAAAAUUUCUGUCAUAUUUUUCUUCUCUUUCUCUUCCCUGCGAACCUUGUCCUCCGGGUCGUCGAUCUUGUGA